CUCUCCCUUUUCUCCCAGGCCAACUCGGGAUAUCCCGGCAACUCCGGAGAGGCUGUCACUCUGACGUCGGCGGAGACAGGCCCUGAGCCCGGACUGGCUAUGAAGAGCGACCCCUCGGCCUCUGCGGGCCCCCUCCGGGGGUCCGGGGGUCCCCUGCGCAGCAGCGAGCCAGUGCGCGCCGCCCCGGCCCGGGCGCCGGCCAUGGACCUGCUGGAGGAGGCGGCCGACCUCUUGGUGGUGCACUUGGACUUCCAGGCGUCGCUGGAGACCUGCGAGCGGGCCUGGCGGAGUCUGGCCAACGACGCCCUGACAGAGGAGCCCGCGGACACCUCCUGGGAGGUGAAGUGCUCCCUGUGUGUUGUGGGGAUCCAGGCCCUGGCAGAAAUGGAUCGGUGGCGUGAAGCCCUCUCCUGGGUCCUUCAGUAUUACCAGGUUCCUGAAAAGCUGCCCCCCAAAGUCCUGGAGCUGUGCAUUCUUUUAUACAGCAAAAUGCAAGAGCCCGGAGCUGUGCUGGAUGUGGUCAGUGCCUGGCUCCAAGACCCAGCCAACCAGAACCUUCCAGAAUAUGGAGCGUUGGCAGAACUUCAUGUGCAGCGAGUGUUGCUGCCCUUGGGCCGCUUGUUGGAGGCUGAGGAGCUCGUGGUAGGCUCUGCAGCCUUCGGUGAGGAGCAGAGGCUGAAUGUCCUGCAGGCCAUUCACACAGCAAGGCAGCAGCAGGAGCGGAAGAACCCAGGCUCUGAGGAGGCCCAGAAGCCAAGCCAGGAAGGCUCUCUCUCCCACAAGUUCCUGUCACUAUCGAUGUUGCUCCGCCAGCUUUGGGAUUCAGCGAUGAGCCACUUCCUUUCUCUGCCCUUCAAAAAGAGCCUUCUGGCCAUCUUGAUCCUCUGUCUCUUGGUGGUGAGGUUUGAUCCAGCGUCGCCGUCCUCCCUGCCCUUCAUCCACACGCUGGCUCGCCUCUUCCGCUGGGCCCGCAGGGCCGUGUCUGCUCGCCUCCACCAGCUCGGCGUCCGCGACUGAGGG